GUCAGAGGCACCAGUCACCAGCUGAAUAUUAUUUUCUGCAUCACGAAAUUGGUAUUCACUGAAAUUGAAAAAUUCGAAAUUUUUAAAAAAGUAUUAGGAGAACAUACCGGUGACAUCUGUACGUCAUCGGCAUCCUCCACUGACAGCUGUCCCGUACCAUUAGCUGGUCACCCCGAGGAGCGCCGAAUUCAUCCGAUUUUCCCCGACUCCAACACAAAACGAGAGAGAAGAAGUCUCUCAUUGGCAUCAAGCUUGUACAGCUUGUAGUACGUACAGUGCGUGUUCUCUCGAUUAAGCACAAACAAUGGUGUUAGAAAUAUAGUUUUUCCACAAUCCACGAGUCCCCAACACCCAGUGACCAAGUGCCCUCUCAAAACAUUUUAAUCCCGAUUUAAAUCGCGGUCCAAUCGACUUAGUACCACUGGGGCGUAUCCCGAAAAUUUGAGGGCUCAUCUCUCCGAUUUGACACAAAUCCAGUAAUUCUCCAUUAAUAACCCAACGAUCUUACUCUGAACCACUUCCACUCGGCUCAACUCUCCACAAAAUUCACCCCCAUCCAGUUAAACUAUUUCAUAAUUCUCCUAAAAAGCUAAACCCAUUAAUUUCGUCUGAUUCAUCCACUGUCCAUUCUCCCGGGAACAAUAACAAGAACAAAGAGCCAAUACGUGCCAAGUGAAAAAAUCAUAAUGUUGAAUUCGUCAUGAAGACUUCCACGAAGCGGAUGAGACGUCCUCAUUGAAAAAAAAACCAACGUCCACGGAGGACUGACACCGAGGAGAAAACGUCUCAACAAGUCCUGGAAUAAAUUCAAGUGUUGGCAGGUGGUUACCUCCACCACCCCAGCCAAUGUGUGACUCGACUGACGCCUACGUCCAAAAGCUGAGUUACCUCCACCUGGGGGAUGAGGAGCGAGUCUCGCAGGGAUCUGGCUCGAAGCCAGAGGGGCAGGUACCGAGCCCCCAGCAUCCGCAAUAUCAUCAGCAGUACCGGGACAGAUCAACGAGAUCAGUGGCGAUAGAGAGUUUCAUCGAGGAUUCAGGGGAGAUUCGUCAGGUGGAUUACAAGCACUACGACAGGGACAGUGUCCAGAGGUUUUCCAAGCCCCUGGAAGGUCUGGAACAGGAUCAGAGUCGUCACGCUCCCCUGUACGAGAACAUAGAGUACUAUCCGCAGUCACAUCCCCCUUACUACCACGCGAUAGACAAGAAGAGUCCCCGAGGGAGUCCUCGAGGUUCUUUAGCUGAGUCCUACGAGGCUUCUUUCAGAAAGGCACAGCCCCAGGUACCCACUGGCAAUCGGUAUCAGACGUCUUCUCCAGCGAAGGAACUGCCACCCUACGAGGCACCCCCUGUCUACGAAAAUAUUCAGGAAAUCGGUUACCACGAUCCAGAGCCGCAGAACAAACCUGGGCCCCAGGUGCCGAAUUAUUAUCACUCGACCAUCAACGGGGGGGAUUACGUCGUCAUGACUGGAAAAGCUCAACAGCAGAGGCCCACUAGAGUCCAGUCGUAUGAUGCUGCUUUGGGAAACACCCCCUCGAGGUACUUGGUAUCCUCGAAUUCGAGUGGAGAUCUCCAGGCAGGGAGGAGUGCUUAUGUACCUCCAUCAGAGCUCCAGCAUCCCAGCUCUCCAAGAUCUCUGUCGAAUCCUUAUCAGGGCGAUUCACCUCCCGUUCGAUUGCCAGCAGAGACUCACUAUCGAGGAAGCUCUGAUGUCGUUCUUCAUGGGGGCUACAGGGGAUUUCCUGAGGGAUAUCGUCAGGAGAACGGACAGAAUUACAAGCAUUACGUUGAUGGUCAGGGACGGGCUCAGGCGCCGAGAAUGCCCGGCUACCAGAGAACUGUCACUGGCUCCUGGAAUCCCCAGAACGAACGCAGAGAUUUCAGGAAUUCAGGGUAUCCCUGUCGUAGUGAUGGGAGAAUGAGUGUGGAAAAAAACGAGGGGCAUGAGUCCCCAACCUCUAACAGAAGUUCGCCGUUGUAUGCGAUUCCACACGCUGGACGGGAGCAGAGAAAUGCUGGGCAGGAAAGCAAGCCCUCACAGAAAACGAGUCCCACUCAAGCUAGUCCUCAAGGACAGUUGACUUCUCCAGGUGCAAGACAGGGAUCCGGGAUUUCUUCGGGUUCUCCUGUGAGGGGGCAGGUUCAAGCUGCUGUCACCAGUGCAGCCACUAUUUGUAGUGAUGAUUUAUCCAGGAAUGCACCCCGGAUCACGAGUCUGCCACCGGGGGUGACUAGUGGUGUCGCAGGACCGGUGUUCCUUAAUGCUGGAGUGCCUGUAUUACAGAAGCCCAUUGAGAUUGAAGAGAAGAGAACUGCCAGCCCCAAACCCGUGGCUGGAAAAGGACUGCUUCCUUACAAUGUCACUCCACCCAGACCCUCUGGACCCACGGAGGCUGAGAGGAAAAUCGAAGAACUCACCAGGCAGCUCGAGGAGGAGAUGGAGAAGCAGGAGGAGGAGGGCGAGUACUUUGGCAUCUGUCACACCUGCGGGGAGAAGGUCACUGGUGCCGGACAGGCGUGUCAAGCUAUGGGAAAUCUUUAUCACACGAAUUGCUUCAUUUGCUGCUCCUGCGGAAGAGCUCUCAGGGGAAAGGCAUUUUAUAAUGUGCAUGGGAAGGUUUAUUGCGAAGAGGAUUAUCUGUACUCUGGAUUUCAACAGACUGCGGAGAAGUGCGCGAUCUGUGGACACCUCAUUAUGGAAAUGAUUCUCCAGGCCAUGGGUAAAUCGUAUCAUCCGGGGUGCUUUAGAUGCUGCGUUUGCAAUGAAUGCCUCGACGGUGUUCCUUUCACUGUUGAUGUAGAUAAUAAAAUUUAUUGUGUUAAUGACUAUCACAGAAUGUUUGCGCCUAAGUGUGCUUCUUGUGGCAAAGGAAUCACACCAGUCGAGGGUACGGAAGAAACAGUCAGAGUCGUAUCAAUGGAUCGUGAUUUCCACGUAGAUUGCUACGUUUGCGAGGACUGUGGUAUGCAGCUGACUGAUGAGCCGGAUAAACGCUGUUAUCCACUGGACGGCAGACUCAUGUGUCGUGCGUGUCACAUUCAAAGAAUAUCCCACACACAACCACGUGCACCACAACCAGUCUCUGCUAGCUAUCAAUUCAUGGGUUAAUCCCCUCUAUUUUAUCGAAUUGAUUUUAUUUAUUCAUUAAUUCAGUGGAGAAGUUGUAGAGAAAAAUAAGUUUGCAGUCUUCUCAAAUAUCGAGAAAUCUUGGAAAUUAUUGAUUUCAGAAUGAAAAAUCAGAGAACUUUUUUGUCGGAAAUUGAAUCAUCUACAAAAAUGUCAUCUGUCUUUCCCAUUUUGAAUCGAUAGCUUUCGAGAUAACUGAUAUACAAUAGACUCCCGUUAUAUUCGCGUGCAUGGGGGCGGAGGAGAAGCGAAUUCGGAAAAUCGGACUAUAGUGCAACUACCGCCAACACGAAAGGUACGUGAAAAAUAAAAUCGAGAGGCGGUGUGACUAAAAAGAAAGCGACUAUGACUGGAUUUUACUGUAAUUGAGAAUUCUGAAUUCGACUUGUAUAAGUUUACCAUUUCGCCGCUGAAUUUAAUAUUCCCGGACACCAAUAUUUAUUAUUUUAACAUUUUUCUUUAUUUGAAUCGACAAAGGGAGCCUGUUGCUGUGAUAAAUGAUAAUAGCAUAAUUUUUUUACUCAUUUUGACUCGAAUAAUUUUUAUAAUUCUAUAAUUAGGUAAUGCCUCAUCCGCGGGAUAAUGUACCUAUCGUAAUAUCGAUGUUCGUUGUAUUGAUAAUGAAAUAUCGAUUAGAUUUCCAGUGUCAUUCGAAUCACUAUCGUUCCAGCAUCAGUAAUUACUCCAGUAGUUUUCAAAUCGUUGUAGAUAAGUACUUAUUUAUAUUUGACGUACAAACGAUGUGUACCAUUGACUAAUCAAUAAAAUCUUCGAAUUCA